AUGACGUUUGCAUCGUUUUGGAUUGACUGCUUCUCUCAUAUUCCAAGGCUCAAUUUCGACUUCAAAUGGAGCAAGGAUAUUUUUAAUUUCAACUGGAAAAGCGAAUAUUUCCAGGGACUCGCCCUUCUUGCUUGCUUCGGAGCUGCUAUUAGUCUUUUGCUUCUCAUCACUAUCGUUAUUGUAUGGAUAUGCCAAUCUUGUCGUAAGAAUGAGGCGACUGGAAAGACACGUCGGAGAGUUCGUCGAUUGUCGACAAUUUUGUUCGUCUUAUCCGUCAUCUGCUUCCUCAUCCUAGGAGUAUGCCUUUUCGCCAAUGAGCAUACCAAUCGGGGAGCUUCGAUUUCGAUCAACUCCAUUAUCAAUUCAAAGAGAUCGUAUCAGAUCUCGCUUUCUCAGAUUGACCAAUUUCAAGACGCUGCGCUUCAAACAACACUUCACUUGAAGGAUCUUGAAGAUAGUGUACAUAAUGCCAGUAAAACUGCCAAAAACACAACGCUUGUCCAGGAGAUUGAUAAGAUUCUCACCAAUAUCACCGAUGAGGUGGAAGUGAUCGCGAAAAACGGGAAACUGCUCGAAGCAAAACAUGACAAAGAUCUCGAUAAACUCGAAACUUUACGCCGUGUGAUGUCAACAUACGAAAGUGAACGAUGGGCGUUCUUGGUCAUUGUGCUUUCAAUCACAAUCUGCGUUUUGUUUGCUGGUGUCAUCUCAUUCUGCAAGCAAUCAAAGAAAGGAGCCGUUGUCUUCAGCGCAAUUGGCUUUUUCAUCUUCCUGGUUGUAUGGAUGCUGAUCGCCGUGUCGUUCCCACUGACAACGGCUCUCACCGAUUUCUGCAGAAAUGGCGACUCGGUUACCAAACAUCAUCUUGGCAACAUGUAUGAGAAUGUCCAAUUCUAUAACACUUGUAAGCCAUCGACAACUCAUGACAAUCUGCCUGCUACCAUCUCAAGCCACAUCGCUCUUCUUAAUAAUAUUCCGUCGAACAAGUCCAAGCUUGACCGACUCAUGGAACUAGCUUUCAACUCUAGCUCGAUUAUAACUAAUUCGUCAGCGGUUGUUGGCGAUGACGUCACAAAGCUUUUGAAGCUCGCAGGAGCUGUGUCAUCGUCUUCGUCGUGCUACGUGUUCCAUGAUGACGUCGCCAAUUUCUAUUACGGAAUUUGCGAUCAGGCUGUAGCUGGAAUGAUCGUUUACUUUAUGGGAAUUUUCUCACUGGGUCUUCUGCUCUUCGCUCUUCUUAUCAUUGUCUCGAAGACGUGGCAUCUAUUCUCCAAACUCCCCCAUGAGUAUGUGGAAGUAGAUGAGGAUGAUCCAUUCUUCCCUAGAGGUGCCAAUGACUCCACAAUUCCUGUUGACAUCUAUGGAACGCACGUCUAUAAUCCAAGAACCAGAGAGCGCACUGAGCCAUCGACGAAUACAACUACAGGAACUGCUGCUGAUGAGCAGAUAACACCAUUAUGGGCGCAGAAUACCUCUGGACCAAAUAGCAGCAUGACUCGUCAGCCAUUCCUCUCCGAUUACGGCAAUUAUGGUGAUCGAUAUGAAAUGUAA